AGAUCCUCUUGUGUCGGUGAGUUAAGCUCGCACUUCUGGCCGUAAACCGAGAGGUAGAGUGAUGAGCACCGCGACGCUUUGUCGGAAGUUUUCGGAUCUGGACGAGCUCUCGAGCUGGUACGAAUCGCUACUCUGCAGUCGAGCCAGCAAAUCUCGAGAGCCUGAUGAUCUCCAGAUCAGUCGCAGUCGUCUCCGCCCACGUCACCGACAUCCAGACUCAAUUCUCUCACCCAGACUACUUGUGUGCCAUGACUUUAAAGGCGGAUAUAGCGCUAACGAAGACGCUGACUUCCAAGGCUAUUUUCCUCACGAGUCCGGCACCGCGUACUGGAUCCGGGCAUUUGAAUUAAUCGACACGUUCAUAUAUUUCUCCCACACUCGAGUCGCAGUCCCCCCCGCUACAUGGACCACUGCCAGCCACCGGAACGGUGUGUGCUGUCUUGGGACGCUGAUUUUCGAGUUUACAAAGGAAGCCACGGCCGAUGCUCGGAAACUACUGACUCCAAACGCAGGUGGGAUAGGAUACCACUACGCAGACGUCCUCGCCCAGGUUGCAAACUAUUUCGGAUUCGAUGGCUAUCUUCUAAACGUCGAAACGGUGCUCGGAUCUUCUGCCGAGGCCAGAGAGAUGCUCAACUUUAUCGAAUACUUCAAAUUCGCGCUGCACAAACUUGUCGGCCCGCACGCACGCGUGAUUUGGUACGACUCGCUCACUACAGAGAACAAGAUCAGCUACCAAGACUGUCUCAACCUGACCACGCUGCCGUUUUUCAGAGUCGCCGACGGUCUGUUCACAAACUACUUUUGGAAGGAGAAGCAGGUGUUUGACGGGGCAAAACUGGCGGGGAUGGUCUACCGGCUCGAUCUGUGGACCGGGAUAGAUGUCUGGGGGCGCGGCGUGCAUUAUCCUGCUAAAUUUGGUGUUGGAAAGGCAAUGAAGCAGAUCGAGCAGGCUGGUACCAGUAUAGCUCUGUUUGCACCCGCGUGGGUGUACGAGGACUUGGGAUCCGCAGAGUUUGAGAUGAAUGAUUACAGGUUUUGGUAUACUCAAACUGAUGAAGAAACAGGUGACCCAACUAGUAUUUCUCGAUCAAUCAGUCCACAUCCUGCACCAGUGCUGCACUCAGACGCUCACCAGCUGUUCUACACCUCAUUCACCACAGGACACGGGACAUCGUUCUUUGUGAAUGGGAAAAAGGAGUUUGCGCAGAGCUGGGUGAACCAUGCUCUGCAGACAGCUUUACCAACAUACCCUCACGAGUCGCAGACUAUCAGCGGUCAAGCAUACGCAAAGGCUCUGUACGACAAAGGUAUCUCAACAGCCCCUCCAGGGAGCUUCAAGAUAACCUGCUCGAUCGACUACUCAAGCGCCUUUUACGGUGGCUCGAGUCUAAAACUCGUGUCUGAUCCCCACAACGUCUCGCCAUAUCAGGAAGCCAUAUUUCCCUCGUCCGACGACUCAGAGUCCUCAGAUUGGUCUUCCUACUCUGGCCGCUCGCCGCCUUCGCCGUCUGCACCGUUUCCUCCUAGUCCAGAAUACAAAUCUAGAAGAAGGAGUAGCGACCGCUCGCUGGGUAGGAAGGUUUCGGCAACACAGAUGUACAAACCGCGGGUACGGGUAGUGCCUUUGUUCUUGCUCGAUUUUGAGUUGCGCCCUUUGCAGGUGUUUACUUUUUUUGUGUCGUUUUUCAAGUGCGUAAAAGGAGACGUAAAGAUCCGGUUGGCAGGGUACUGGACGACAGCAGAUGGAGCAGGAAAUGCCUCUGCGGGUGAUCUCUCGAAUAGCGAGGACUAUAGCGAGCGACCGUUCGAGGCAGAUUUAUCUGGGUCGGUGCUAAAUACGUGGGUUAGAAAGUCUUUUAGCUUUCAGGUGCCAGCUAUUCCUGAUCGACUGCAGGGGGAGCGAUCAGAGACAGGAGCGGGAUUGUCUGAGAGGCGGAGGUUUAGAUUUGUGAUCAACCACCUCGACGUCGUCUGUAGCGAUAACUUUGCGGGGGCGAUUAGAUUAGGUAGUCUAUUGUUGUUCAGCAGCAGCAGCAGUGCAAGCGAGCGGGUGGGGGGCGACGGCGAUGACAGCUGCGAGAGCGUGGGGAAAAGCGAGGUGGAAGCCCCGCCGAGCUUACGAGCACCCGCACGCGUAACGGGGGUGGUGGUGGAGAGGUAUGGCGGGGAAGGAGCGAGAGCGCUGCGGUGGGCUGACGACGGUGAAGGCACUGCGGAGUGGAUCGUGUACGUAAACCGACGGAUGGCAGGUGUCACGGCGGCGCCGGGGUGGUUGGACCAGCAAAGAUCGGCGGGGGCAGAGAGCAAGAUGGAGGUGCGCGUAGACUCUGUGGGGUGGGGAGGGGCGAUAGUGAGAGGCACGGAGGAGACGGUGGUCUCCCCACGCGAUGACGUCGAUCCGGUGGAAACAAUGAUCUGAUCGAGGAGAGGCAGCGUGGGGUGGGGCACGGACCGCCACUGUAUCCUCACCGCCCCGCACUGCGCUGUCCGAACACAAAGAAGAGGAGACAAUAAGGUGCACUCUACGCUCCACCCCGUCUUGGCUCCCCGAAAGAGAGCGUCUUUAGGCUCAAGUUUCCUCAAUUUAGGAGUCCUCGGACCGGUCGCCGCUCCGAUGCGCGCGCCCAGAGCUGAAACUGCAUCGUCAAACAAAGUGCGGCAGACGGAGGCGAUGGACAUCACAU